CUGGCAAGCAAUGUCAUAACACCUCGAUGACUUGAAGCUGGAUGUUGAAGCUGACACGCUGCUGACUCAGAAUAAGUUUGUCCCCCCAUGGCAGAAGAUACCUCUCGUCGGUCCAAGCUUAUCGAAACAUUCUGGCUGUUCUGGGCCUUCAACCAUAGGGGUAUACAAAACAGUAUUCUUGGCCCUACCAUUCUGGACCUGCAGCUGCUCCUCAAGAAGGACCUCAGCGCUCUGUCCUAUCUGUUCUUCGCCAAUGGUCUGGGCGCGAUGUUAGGAGCUUUGGCAGCUGGGUUCCUGGCCUCGAGGUUUAAUCUUCGUCUCCAGCUGUUCCUAAGCCUGAUGGUCGGAUCAGUGUCACUGGCGGCCAUCCCGCAGGUUCAUCAUAUCGUCUACAUGUACAUCAUGGUCUUCAUACUAGGCACCACCAGUGGGCUGGUGAUCACUUUUGUGAUGCUUAUAUGUGGAAAGAUGUGGGAAAGAAGAGGACCGGCGUUCCACUUUGUUGCUUGUGGGAUGUCAACAGGGGCCAUCAUAGCUCCACUACUUUCCAAUCCAUUCCUCUGUUUGAAUAAGACAGUUCUCAAGGACGUGAACCUGACCAACGCCUUGCCACUCAACUCAACCAGAAUGGGCUCUGUACUUAAGGCUGUUAUCCCCCUUCAGCUUAGAAGUCAGAAAACCAUGUGUACAGCCGAUGACACCAGUGUGCAAUGGGCCUUCUUUGUGCUUGGCUGCUGUAUGCUUACCGCUGGCCUGUCUCAACUCUACUACUGGUUUGUUCACCGUGAUGAGAAAGCACAACAGGAAACAAAGUCGUCGGAGUACGUGGAGCUGGACCCCCUCGGACAGUUGACACCAGCUUCUGUCGUCUUCUACAUCAGCCUCUGUUUAAUGUACUUCUCUUUAAGCUCCCUCCCGGCAACCUUUGCCUCUCUCUUGACCAUUUACGGUGUUACGGGGCCAUUACACGUUGCCAAGGGAACUAUGACGACAAUAACUGCAUUAUUCUUCAUUGGGUCACUAAGCUCUAGAUUUAUCAGUGUUUUCCUUACUCGAGUGUUCACCAAUUACCAAGUACUUAUAACUCAUCUGUCGGGUCUAGUGAUAGUGGGUAUCGUCUUCGUCAGUCUAGGAAACAGGUAUACUCUGGUGGUAUGGCUUUGUUCAAUUUCCGCGGGUUACCUUUCUGGGCCCUUCUUUGCUGGUGUUCUUGCGUGGGUGACAGAUGUUUUGUCCAUGCAUUCGAAAGUUACCUCCCUUUGUUUCCUGUUUUCCGGAGCAGGGAUUAUGUUGUCACCAUUUGCCGGGGGGGCUUCUGUGUGA